AUGGCGAUGGAUGCACUGAGGAACCUGACCACACACAUACCUGGGUGGCUUUCAAGGCUAGAUGUCUUGAGUGGUGAGAUAAACAAGCGCCAGACCGAACUGGCCGCUCUGGCCAAGAACGAUGCCAAUGCUGAGACGAGGUCGAUGAGAAAUAAGGGCUCGACGGAGUCUUUGAAACCCAAAGAUGACGGCCCAUCAAAUAUACCCGCCCCCGAGGACCUAUCCGAAAUUAAACAAAGUCGCCCUCCCAUUGUGAAUAGAAACCCACGGGACACCGCCGAGAAACAACGACCAUCAUCAUCCGACCCGACAGCUGGUGAUCUAAAGGCUAGUGAGAACACGGCUGAAGCCAUCAAAGCUGCCCAGGAGCGUGCUAGAGCGCAGGCCAAGAAGAGGAUUAAGCCAUCAUCUGUGGUUUCUGCAGAGGGAACUGUGAAGCCCACGUAUCGGACAAGAAGCAUGAUCAUUGUCUACUACGAUAGCUAUGUUCAAGGAUUCUUCGAUGAAUUGGUGAGGUUUACGUCUUCCAGUAGAAACUUGAUGCGCAAAGCCAAGAUGGCCGCCAAGGUUGCGCAGAUUAAGAAACUAGCCGAGGGGAACUUGGAGGGCGAGGACGGUGAAACGGCUCUUCCCUCACUACGUUAUGCGAGCUCGAGACGCUUUGGUGCUAUGGGAGGCAUUUCGCGACCCGGCUUUGGCCCCUCAAGGGCCAAUGACCAACCAGAUAUCUACGACAAUCUCGACAAGGGCCUGGACUUUGUGCAAGGCACUUGUGAGCACGGAGCGCAUCAGUUUUUGAGAGAUGCUGAUUGCAACGACGAGAUCAAGAAUAUUCAGAGCAGGCUCUUAAAGGUCUACGAGAUGGCAAAAGCUGAGAUGGAGCGCAUUGAAAAGGAGGAGCCGGAACUUGCAAAAGAGACGGGCGAGCUGACAAAAGCUCGCACUCAUCGGCCCAUCAGUAUGAGAAAGCAGCUCGCUUCCAAGGAUGGUGAUAAUGCAAAGGACGAUGAGCCGCUUGUCGCCGAGGUGCUUCCGUCUUCGAACCCCAGAGGCUCACAUAUCGAGCCCGCCCUCCAACCGCAGACUCUGGAGGUGGACGAUGCUUUGGAGGCAGAUGAAGGUAUUGCUGUGGACUACGAACUACCUAAAUUACAAUACCGCUCGACGCGGGACAUGCGUCGAAGAGCGUGA